AUGCGCUUCACCAUUCUCGCCUCCACCUUUUUCGCUGUCCUCGCCGCCGCCGCCGGUAAGGACAAUGCCUUCAACAACCCGCCCGGUGGCUACACCUUCACGGCCGGCGAAUCGACCACUGUGACCUGGGACAACCUGAGCCCCGGCACAAUCUCCCUGCGUCUGCAGUGGGGCUCUGUUACGACUCCCACCUCUGGCACGGCUAUUGCCUCUAGCAUCGACAACACGGGCACCUACACCUGGUCCGUCCCAACCGACCUGGUCGCAGACCGCAAGUACACCAUUGAAAUUAUCAACGACAACGACCUGGAAGACUACAACUUCCUGCCCUACUUCACUGUCGCCGGCGCGACCGGCUCAGCCUCGACUGCCGCUGCGACCACUACCAGCAAGGCUGCGACUACCACUACUGAGGCAAGCACUACUACCGAGGCGAGCACCUCGACCUCGACCGAGGCUACCACCUCCAGCUCUGCUGCCAGCACCGCUACCACCGCUACCACCAUGACCACCGCCAGCAGCAAGACCAGCAGCUCCGCCGCGUCCAGCACCGCGACCGAGACUAGCUCCAGCUCCGCUAGCUCCAGCUCGGCCUCUGCCUCCGCCUCCUCGACCGAUGUGCCCAACUCCAAUGCUGGUGUCGUCAACUCUGUGUCGGGCGGUAUGCUUGCUCUCGUUGCGGGUGCCAUUGCCCUGGUCUAA